CCCAAACUAAUCCGACCAGGGAGGGAGAAGAAUAGCACCAAGCUGGCAAUGCGGAAUUUUUCCUUUGAAUACUAAGAAACGUUUUCUUAAAAACCAGAAAUACUAGUCAUUUCUUCCUCGUUUCCUAAAAGGGGGGUGCCUGAAAUAGGAGCCUUUCCUUGAGCCGGAGAAUCAUGGCUGCCCCCCAGAGGUGCUUUGGAAAUAGCUGCUCAUAGCAACCGCUAAACACAGCAUCUGGGGACCAGGCCAGGGAGGACGGAUGACCACGGUGCACAUCAACGGGCACGUGACAGACAGACCUGUGGGGAAUGACAACAGCAGGGCUGGGGUCAAGGGCUGGCAUGAGCUGGGGUGUGACAGCGAGGUGGCGAUUGACUAUCCCGAGGAUCUGGGGACCCAGCCCACAUGGCACGGCACUCAACUGGAGAAGAUAAAGUGCCCCCAGGAGGAGCUGAGGAGGAGAGGGGGGGCAGAGAGGCCCACGCAGGACUUGGAGCUCAACGCCUCAGUGCGACUGAGGAAGCUCUCCCAAAAGCCCCAGGUCGGCAUCGACAAUCCCACCUUCGAUGCCUUAGAGGGGCGCAUCGGGGCUAAGAAGGGGACCCAGGAUCCAGGAGCUAUAGCAGCACCACUGGAGCUGGACGAGCUGCUCGCAUCUUUGAAGCAGGUGCAGCAAUGUCUGGACGACACCCAGAGCCAGCAGGACGUGCAGCUGGUGCUGGCUCUCCUGCAGAAGGCUGACUUCCAGAAAGCUGUGCAGGUCCACAACACCGUGGCUCUGCAUACGAGCAGGUUCCCGCUCACAGCCCAGGCCCAGGACCUGGUGCAGGAGGUGCAGACAAUGCUUCAGUCCAGCCAGCAGGUGGAGGGCUUGGAGCUGAAUGCCCUCCUGAGAUCACCGAACCUGCAGGCGCUGAUGCUGGCCCAUGACAGCGUGGCCGAACAGGAGAUGCAGCCAGGACCCGGGCUGCCCCCGGAGAUGCCCGACGACACUUUGACGCACUACUGGGGGGAGACCAUCAAGCUGGUGCAUCUGGAGAAGUCAAAGAACGUCCCCCUGGGCAUUACAGUGCGUAACGAGCUGGACAGCGUGGUCAUCAGCCGCGUCAUGAGGGGUGGGGAAGCUGAAAGGAGUGGCCUGCUGCUUGAGGGGGACGAGAUCUUGGAGAUCAACGGCGUGGAGAUCCGCGGCAGGGACGUCAACGAGGUCUUUGACAUCCUGGCGGAUAUGCAUGGCCCCCUGACCUUCGUCCUGAUCCCCAGCACACAGAACAAAUCCCCACCCCAUCAGGAUUCUGUGGUGCACGUGAAAGCUUACUUCGACUACGACCCCUCAGACGACCCCUACGUGCCCUGCCGUGAGCUGGGGCUCUCCUUCCAGAAAGGAGACAUCCUGCACAUCAUCAGCCAGGAUGACCCCUGCUGGUGGCAGGCCUACCGGGACGGGGACGAGAAGAACCAGCCGCUUGCAGGCCUAGUCCCGGGGAGAUCAUUUCAGCAGCAACGGGAGGCUAUUAAGCGAACGAUAGGGGAAGAUAAGGACUCAGAGCAGCCAGAAACGCUCUGGUGUGCAAAGAAGAACAAGAAGAAGAGAAAGAAGGUGAUCUACAGUGCCCACAAGAUCGGAGAGUACGUCAACGAGGAGAUCCUGACCUACGAGGAGAUGUCGCUGUACCACCAGCCGGCCAGCCACAAGCGCCCCAUUGCCCUGAUCGGCCCUCCAAAUUGCGGCCAGAUCGAGCUACGACAGCGACUGCUGUCCAGCGAGCCAGAGAGAUUUGGUGGGGCUGUUCCACACACCACCCGGCCCCGGCGGGAGCUCGAGGUCAGCGGGCGGGAGUACCACUUCGUGUCCCGGCAGGCCUUUGAGGCAGACGCUGCGCUGGGCAAGUUUCUCGAGUCGGGGGAGUUUGAGAAGAACCUGUACGGCACGAGCACCGACUCUGUCCGGCAGGUGAUCAACGUGGGGAAGAUCUGCAUGCUGUCUCCACACACUAAGUCCCUGAAAGUGCUGCGCUGUCCAGAACUGAAACCCUAUGUGAUCUUCAUCGCCCCUCCAUCUCAGGAGCGCUUGCGCGCCCUCCUGGCCAAGCAGGGCAGGAACCCCAAGCCAGAGGAGCUGAAGGACAUGAUCGACAAGGCCCGGGACACGGAGCAGAACUUCGGGCACCUGUUUGAUGCCACCAUCGUCAUGACGGAGCAGGAGAAGGCUUUGCAGGAGCUGCUACGGCUGAUCAACAAGUUGGACAUGGAGCCCCAGUGGGUUCCCUCUUCCUGGCUGCACUGAGGCCGAUACAUGGUAUCUUCCAAAGGGGGUUUCGGCACUUUUUUCAUCGCAGAGGGGUGGCAGAUCAGUUAAUUAAAAUUAAAUGAACUGUUAGACUGAAUGACAGCUAAGAGUUGGGACAGAAGCUCCUUCAUGAAACCUAUGAUUAUCGGGGCACUGCCAUUGUCUUGUCCAGUUAGACCCGCCCCUCCAUUCCAUAUUCAUAUCAUAAACAUGUGACAGCAUCAUUAGACGCAGUAUGUCUGACUACUUUUUAUAUUUAUGUUUUGUUUUCAUGCGGACAGAAAAUACAUAAAUAUUCUUGGCUGUUUUUUCCCUGGCUCUUAUCUAGGCUUGGGCAGGGUCUAAGUUUUCAAACUAUCAUACUAUCCAGACAUUAUACUGCAGCAUACAACACACAGUGUGUUUAUGGCGGCAAUCGUAUUCUAGUAUUUCUUGCCAAUUUUAAAUCUGCAGAGCGGGGGUGGGCCCACACGAUUUCACCAAAUGGCAGAUUUGCUGCCUUGAUUUCAAAACACAUAUUGUAUAACCACAAUACCACCCAAGCCUACUCUGACCUUACUCAGAGGAUAAAUUGGUUGUAAUGAAACUAGGCGACAGGAAAUGUGAAUUGUCUAAGGUUCAGCAUGUAAUGAAUUGUUCCAGAGGGAGGAAUGGACAGCAAGAGUAAAAAGCCUGUGCUUUUACUGGACCGUUUGAUGUCAUCUCCAUGAGUGCUUAUCUCUCAUUAUUUACCAUUAAAUGAGGAAGUAGAUGAAUGUACAUACAUAAAUGUGACAAAAGUUCAAUAGCUUUGUGGUGUGAUACUACAGGGUUUUAAAGGGCUUCAUUCUGCCGCUGUCCACUCAGAUUACAUCUGAAGUGUGUGAGGAUGUGUGUGUGCCUGUGUGUGUGGAUGGGUAGUCUUGUGAACAAAACCCAUUGGGGUAAGAGUAGAAAAUAUUUUUUAAUCACUGGUUUGUGUUUUGUGCUGGACUGUGGUGGUGUGUUAUUAUGGAAGACCAAGGUCUUAUUGUCCUCUGCAUUCUUUGGCUUGUUUGAGGACUACAGUCCCUUGAUCUAUAACUGUCAUGCCAAAGAUUCAAUGUCUGAUUUUAUUUCCAGUCAGAAGUUUAUGAAUCUAUACGUGGCACAUAUUCGAAAAGUAUUAAACCUUGAUUUAUAUGAAGUCCAAAUUAAAUAUUCUUGUUCCAUUUGGGAGAGCUUUAGAACGCUAUAUUUUUCUGUCCUUGUGUCAAACCAAUUUUUUAUUAAAUGUCUAAAUGAA